CACCGCCCCGCGCGAGGGAGCCCGGCACAAAAUGGCGGCGGCUGCGGGGGGGCGGGCGCGGCGCUCGGGGCGGGACCCCCGGUGACCGGGGCCCAGCGCCGGGGCCUAGCGCCUCCGCACCCACCGCAGCGAGCCUGCCACACCGCCCUCGAGGCGGCGCCGUUGCCUUCGUCCUCCUCCUCCCUGCGUGGCCGUCCCCGCCUUUCACCGCCCCCCCGCCAAGGCUGAGGCGCCGCCGCCCGGGCCUCCUCGAUCCGGUAGCGCCGCCCCUGUCGGGGCUUGCAGGGCGGGAAGAUGGCGGCGGGCGGCGGGGGCCGGGCCUCCUCGUCGUCCUCGUCCGGCGCCCUGGAGGCCUCGCUGGAUCAGAAGCUGCAGGCGGUGACCAACACGAUGGAAUCCAUCCAGGGCCUCUCGUCCUGGUGCCUGGAGAACAAGCGGCACCACAGCACCAUCGUCUGCCACUGGAUGAAGUGGCUGCGGCGCUCUGCCUUUCCCCAUCGACUGAACCUUUUCUACUUGGCCAACGAUGUCAUACAGAACUGCAAAAGGAAAAACGCGAUUGUCUUUCGGGAUGCGUUUGCAGAAGUGCUUCCUGAAGCUGCUUCAUUAGUGAAGGAUCCAUCCGUUUCCAAAUCCAUCGAACGGAUCUUCAAGAUCUGGGAGGACAGGAACGUGUACCCCGAGGAAACCAUUCUGGCGCUGAAAGAAGCUCUGAGUACCACUUUCAAAACUCAGAAGCAGCUGAAAGAAACUCUGAACAAACAACCGAAUAAGCCGUGGAAGAAAUCGCAAACAUCCACAAACCCGAAAGCUGCGUUGAAGUCCAAGAUUGUUGCGGAAUUCAGACCUCAGUCUCUCAUUGAUGAGCUGCUGUUGUACAAGCGCUUGGAGGACCAGAUAGAGCUGAAGGAGAAGCAGCUCUCCACGAUGAGAGUGGACGUGUGCAGCACUGAAACGCUGAAGUGCUUGAAAGACAAAACGGGAGGAAAGAAGUUCUCCAAGGAGUUUGAAGAAGCAAGUUCGAAGCUGGAAGAGUUUGUUAAUGGCUUAGACAAGCAAGUGAAAAAUGGGCCCUCUCUAACAGAAGCCCUGGAGAACGCUGGGAUAUUUUAUGAAGCACAGUAUAAGGAAGUCAAGGUGGUAGCAAACGCUUAUAAGACGUUUGCUAAUCGAGUGAGCAACCUAAAGAAGAAGCUGGACCAGUUGAAAGCAACGCUUCCCGAUCCAGAGGAGUCUCCCGUUCCUUCUCCAAGCAUGGACGCCCCAUCUCCAACAGGCUCCGAGUCCCCUUUUCAGGGGAUGGGGGAGGAGGAUAGCUCCCGGUCUCCGGUGGUUGGAAGCCGCAAGAUGAUAUCUCCGGAGCCUGUGGCAGAUAAUCGGGAUGUGGAAGACAUGGAGCUCUCUGAUGUGGAGGAUGAUGCGUCUAAAAUUAUUGUGGAAGAGAGGAAGGAGAAGCAGGCUGCUCCAGCUCCGGCACCUGCGAAGGCUGAAAGCGUCCCCAAAGUGGUGCCAUCAACCACUGCAGCGGGCACAACGUCGGUGACGGUGACAACACCUGCCCAGACUCAUCCGACUCCUCCAGCUCCAAAGGUGGCAAGCACGGUGCCCAUCGCUCCGUCACCAGCACUUGCGUUGCCCAACCUGGCUAAUGUGGAUCUGGCAAAGAUCAGCUCCAUUCUGAGCAGUUUAACUUCCGUAAUGAAGAACACAGGCAUCAGCCCUGCUUCGAGACCUUCUCCAGGAACUCCCAGCAGCCCAACGGCUCUUACAAGUGGCCUGAAGGCUCCUGUCUUGGGGACUCCAUCUGCUCCAUCAAAUCCACUAGCAAAUAUUCUCUCCAAAGUCGAAAUAACUCCCGAAAGUAUUUUGUCUGCUCUCUCCAAAACCCAGACUCAGACGGCACCAGCCCUGCAAGGUUUGUCAUCCCUGCUACAGAGCGUUGCUGGAAACACGGUUCAGUCGAGCGAGGCUGCAUCGCAGAGCACCGCGGCGUCUCCAGCCAACACGACCGUUCCGUGCGUGAAGGGGAGGAGUGUUCCUCCCAGCACCCAGUCCUUUCUAUCCAAAAGUUUUGGUUAUUCUCCCAACUCGUCUACUGCUGAGGUUUCCUCAACUUCUGUCACCAAGGCUCCCAUCGGACAUACUCCAGGGCUGUCCAGCUCCGGUUUUAAGCCGCCAACCAGUUCCCUGGGAUUUUCCAGUUCCCACCCUACCAGUCCUUCUUCCCUUUUGCCAACAGAAACCUCACUGGGUCAAUCCUCUGAAAUUUCAAAAGCGAAGCUGGAGUCAGAACCCCCUUCUCCGAGCCUGGAAAUGAAGAUCCACAACUUCCUGAAGGGAAAUCCUGGCUUCAGCGGCCUGAACUUGAAUAUUCCCAUUCUCAGCAGCUUAGGGUCCAGCAUCACAACAGAAAGUCACGCCUCUGACUUCCAGCGUGGUCCUACCAGCACUUCCAUGGACAAUGUGGACGGAACCCCGGUGCGCGACGAGCGAAGCGGGACGCCCACCCAGGACGAGAUGAUGGAUAAGCCAACGUCAAGCAACGUCGACACCAUCUCCCUGCUGUCCAAAAUCAUGAGCCCUGGUUCUUCUACUCCCAGCAGCACCAGGUCACCUCUUCAGAGUCGGGAUGAUGGAUAUUCCCAAGACCUUCCCAAUUCCGUGCACACCUACCGGCCCUUCGGCCUCGGCAGAGAGUCUCCGGCUGGGCUCUACAAACAGCCUGCAGACAGCAUGGAGAUGCCCUCCUCUUUAAUGGACUCCUCCCAGGAGAAGUUUUACCCAGACACCUCUUUUCAAGAAGACGAAGAUUACCGUGACUUUGAUUACUCUGGGCCUCCGCCUUCGGCCAUGCUAAACCUGGAGAAGAAACCCGCCAAGUCUAUCCUGAAAUCGAGUAAACUCUCAGAAGGGGCAGAUUACCAGCCGGUCCUGCCCAGCUACGGUCAGAGAUCGCAGGAGUUUGGUGUGAAGUCGUCCUUCCCGCAGCCGAUGAGGUCUAUUCUCGAUCAGAGCGAGAGCUGCGACCCACUGGCGUCGUCUCCAGGGAUGUAUGGGAGCUACGGCCUCCGGGGAAACGACUCCACCUCAGACGGCUCUCCUUCGCCCAGCAAGAACGAGGUGUUCUUCAAACCGGACUCCAACCACAACAACUUAGCCAAAGCGGCGGUGCACUCGGGCCUCCCACAGAAGCAAUACCCAGACUCGCCCCACUCGAUUCCCCACCGCUCGCUUUUCUCCUCUCCAAACACCCUCUCCAGCCCUGCUGGCAGAGCGUCCGCUCCGAGCGUGGAGAAGUCACUGGGCUCUUCCAUUUCAACCACAUCCACCAUCGAGUUCAAGAACAUGCUUAAAAACGCCUCCCGUAAACCCUCUGAGGAGAAGCAUUUUGGCCAGAUCUCCAAAAGCAGCUCUGGUGAGGGGGUGGGCCUGUCUGGAGCCACCAAGGGUGACGCGCCGCCACAGGAGGAGCACUACCGCAUCGAGACUAGGGUCUCCUCCUCCUGCUUGGACUUGCCCGACAGCACAGAGGAGAAAGGAGCUCCCAUCGAAACGCUGGGUUACCACAACGCCGCGAGCAGGGGGAUGUCGGGAGAGCCCAUCCAGACCGUGGAGUCCAUCCGCGUGCUGGGGAAGGGGAAUCGAGGACACGGGCGAGAGGCGAGCCGAGCGGCGGGGUGGUUCAAGAUGAGCAGCAGCGGGAGCGCUUUUGAUAACGGCCCCUCGGGCACCUCGGAGCUGCCCGGCAUGGGCGGCUUCUCGGCACCAUACAAGGAGCACGUGCCGCCCUUCCAGGAGAGCGUCAACAACUUUCGAACGAAUAACUUCAGCCCUGCUUUCGAGCACCACAUGCCGCCACCUCCGCCGCCCCUCGCGCCGCCGCCCAUCGAGCACGGGACUCCCUUCCCGCGGGAGCCGGUGGUGCCGCCCGCUGGGCCCCCAGCCGCCCCCGCCAAGGACCACGGCAGCCUCUUCCCGAGGGAUCACUCAGUCCCUUCCCGCAUGCCGUCGGUGGAUCACGCCAACCCCUUCUCGAAGGAAACCUCCGCUCCGCUCUCGCUGCCCCACGGCGUUCCCCCUCCUCCCUCCGUGGAGCACGCCGGUGUCCCCUUCCCCACGCCGCCGCCGCCUCCUGUUCCCGGCGAGCACGCAGGCGUCCCCUUCCCCGCUCAGCCACCGCCAGCCGGAGACCACAGCAGCGUCACCUUCCCCGCGCCGCCCCCACCGCCUAUGCCGGUGGAGCACGGCGCCGGCGCCUUCCCCAAGGAGCACGGUACGAUCCACCAAGGGACGAUGAAAGAGCAUUUCUCCGUGCACACCGGCGCGCGGGACGCCGUGGCCCAACCCCAACAACGCGACCACGGCGGCGCCGCUUCCCUCUCCCGCAGCCACGAGGCCGUGGGGCUGACCCCGCUCUCAACGCGUGGUGGCCGCAGCGCCAGGGUGUUGGUCAGGACCCCCCGCGCCGACUUCAGGCCACGCGAGCCCUUUGUUAGCAGAGACCCCUUCCAUAGCCUGAAACGGCCCCGGCCGCCCUUUGGCAGGGGCGCCCCUUUCUUUGCCCCCAAGCGCCCCUUCUUCCCCCCCAGGUACUGAAGCGAAGGCUCCCACGCGAAGGCAUCCGGACGCUGGGAGAGCAGUGGGGCAGUGCUUUCCCUCGGGUUUUCCAUAGCUCUUUUCUUCCCCUCGAAAAACCCUGUCACCGCCUCCUAAAUUAAAUCUCUCAUCUUUUCUGGUUCAUCGUUGCCCAAACGCACCCCGUUGGUGUGAGACUAGAGGGAAAAAAAACAAAACUAAAAAAAAAAAAGAGUUUUAACAAAGAAAAAAAGAAACGUUGCCGUUAAAAGUUUCCAAUAGUCGUUAAAAAGUUUUAAAAAAAAAAGGAAAAACAAGAAAAAAAACACCCUAGAAAGCCCCGAGGGAGCCGCAAGAGGAGCGAAGGGACCCCCCUGCCCCCAGAACACCCCAAAAAAAGGUAAAUUCAGCCCAUUCAGCUCCUGGGGGGCCCCAGCCCUCCCCCCCCCCCGGCGGAACCUGCCCCUCCUGGUUGGUUUUUUUUGGUUUCUUUUGGGGUUUUUUUCCACCCCGCGGUGAUUUCUAACAAUAUAAUCACUCGAAUUCCAUCUGGGAUCGCUUGGAAGGCGCAGAGGGAGCCGGCGGGGGGCUCGGGGUGCUGCUCCCGCCCCGGGCUG